AUGGUAGGUGAGGCAGCUUCUAGAGGAAAUCAAGUUCCUUCUCAAGCCCAAGUUGCUGCUGAUCAAGUGCCUGUCAAUCUAGCUGGGUUAAUAGAUGGUGAAGUGAGGAAUGCUUUACUACAAAUGGUACAGGCCAUUACAACUCAGGCUCAAGCCAUCACGGCUCAAGCCACGAGAGAGGGUGCUCCCAGACAGAACCAUCAUGCUAGCACCAUGGCUAGCAGUCGAGCACGUGGAGAUGUUCCCAUCACUUGGAAUGUUCUCGAGACUGCCUUUCUGGAGAGAUUCUUCCCCAGAGAGCAACGAGAAGCUAAGGUUAAAGAGUUCAUCAACCUGAGACAGGGAGGUAUGUCAGUCAAAGAGUAUUCCUUGAGAUUUGUUAACCUCUCAAAGUAUGAUUCUUCUUUGGUGGAAAAUAGUAGGGAUGAAAUAAGCAGGUUUGUGACUGGCGUGUCGGAGGAUCUAGUGGAAGAUUAUGGGGUAGCCAUGUUGCAUGAUAGCAUGGAUCUGGGCAGGUUGAUGGUGCAUGCUCAGAAAGUAGAGGAGAGCCGCCGUAAGAGGAGAGUUCAUGAAAGUAAGAAUCCUAGGACUACGGAUUUUGCUGGUCCAAGCUUGGGCAGGGUCUCAUUUGCAGUCCAGGACAACCUAUGUUCAAGAGACAUUCAGGUAAUUCUUCUUCAGGAAAUGUGA